AUGGACGACACUGGAAGUCUAGAAGUCAGGUGGAUACAAGGUUCUAUAAACAAGAGUAUCGACUUUGUGGACAAUAAAACAGUAUGUUACACAUGUGGGAGUCAUAUCUGUUUCCUGAAUGUGGAGACAAAAAAGCAGAGUGUGUUUCUAAGUCCUGGCAGAGACGUUGGUGCACUGACAGCUAAUGGCAAAUGGAGGAUUUUUGCUUUCUCUGAGCAAAAACUAUCCCCGUCUAUAUUCGUGUACAAUUUCCCUGAGCUUCAGCUGAAGAAUGAACUGAAAGGAACAGCACAACUGGACUACACAUCUCUGGCAUUAUGUGAUGGUGGUCCAUAUUUGGCCUGUUGCUCCUCUCUUCCUGACCACACCAUUACAGUGUGGAACUGGGAAAAUGCUGAGUCAGUGUGUACACAACCUCAAGCUGGAAAAGAUGUCACUUCUUUGGUGUUCAACCCUCAAAACUGGUUCCAGCUUUGUGCAUUGGGGACGACACACCUCACUGUCUGGAAUAUUGAGAAGAGUGCAAGCUUUCAUGUCCUGAAACCAAGUGUAAUAGAGCUUCCAGCAACUGAUGGGUCCUUUGUUGAGAGACUGUCACCCACCCCUUAUUUGACGGAAUUUUACACCAGAGCCAGACUGACUCCUUCUGCCAUCUGCUGGACAGCCACAUCAGAGCUUUGUGUGGGCUGUGCGGAGGGUUUUCUGCUCCUAGUUGAUCCAGAGAGUUUCUCCGUCUCAGUUCUUUUCAACCCCACAACUGCUGAUGCCUUACCUGAACUCAAAGAGAGCAACUUUCAAAGUCUAACCUUUAAUAAGAACAGUCUGAUCGCUGUAGGGAAGGAGAGUAUGGUGCACUGUCUGCAGAUCAAAGGAACUCAGAUCGACAUUGAACAAACAUGGCAAUUGGAAAGAGCUGUCAAAACGGUGAUGUACUCCCCUGACCAGGAAACAUUACUUUUAUCUUCUAAAUCAGGGCAGAUCUAUAUGCUGAACCAAGCCCAGUCAGACAAGAUUGUGAAGGUUCUGGAUGUUCUCAGUGGCAACUUUGUGGCAGCAGCUUUAUUGCACACUGACAGGAAUGUUUGUGUGUCACUGAGGGACUCUGGAGAACUGCAGCUGUGGUCCUCAGAUGGCAUCUGUAUCGGUUCGCUGUCUCUUCAAGCUGAGGUCACAAGUCUAGCCUGCUGUCCUAUUGCACAUUAUGCAGCUGUUGGAACAGCUUCAGGAAAUGUCCUCUUCCUUGACCUGAACAAGGAGCAACAACCUCGCCUGGUGCACCAGGUUCAGCUCUACCACUCUGCUGUGGAUCACCUAGUCUUUGAUCAAGAGGGACACUACCUUCUCACCAGUGCCUCAGAUUCACGUAUCUAUUUGCUAGAUGCAAAGCCAUCAACAGCGUUUUCAGUAAUAGGAUACACAGUAAUUCCUGGACACGUUUUGUCACUUUCCGCUCAAUGCAUCAGGGACUGUGAACAGGUGAAAGUUCUUGCACUGUGUGCUGGACAAGAGGACAGUAAUCAGGAAGGCAGUCUGCUCACAGUGCUCACUCUACCUUCUGGGAACCUUGCAGGUCCAGAUUGUGUAGACCGACAUGGGUGUCUGUCCGCUCACUUCCUCAAAGUGUUCAGAUACAAAGUGCUUCAUCCACUUACGUCCUGUGUUCUGGGUGUCAGCGAGGUUUUUGCUUAUUGCCACAGGAAUAAAACCCUUCAGCGAUUUCAGCUUCCUGAGAACACAGACGAUUCCUCCAGCCAACAGGUGGUCGAGUUGAAACCAAACCAGGAAGUGAGGGGUCAUCCACUGGGCCCAGCCUCUCUCGCUCUGUCUCCUCACAACUUAUGGUUGGCUUCAGUAGGCCGAGAUGGUUUACUACAGAUUAGAGAAACUACUUCCAUGGAGCGGUACAUUCAACUGCAAUGUCAUCCAGUCCGUCUUGGUGGAGUCCGGAGUGUGUCCUUCUCCACAGACGGGCGAACACUCCUCACUGCCGGCUUCAAUGAUGGCUCUCUUUUGUCUGCGAAUCUCAGAAUUAAAGAUGUGGAUGCUGGCAAGACGAGUGAAGCUACUCAGUAUAGUCAUUCUACAGCACAUUUCUUGAAAGACAUAUUCAAUGCAGAAAACCCCAUCCUCAUCGGCUUUCCUCUGUGGGGCCAAGGGACUCCUGCUGGAAGUGAAAAAACAGACGAACGUGAGGUCAGUAGCAGAACAUCUGUGGAUGUGACCGAACAAGACGAGAGUUACAACAGCCUGCUGCCUGCUCCACCUUCACAUCCAACCUGGCUGGAAAGCAGGCGAGAGACAGUUAUCAAAGAAGACAAUGAGAAAUAUUCUGAGCCAAAGCAAAAACUGAGGGAAACCAUCAAAGAGUUACGUGGUGCUAUCCAGGAGUUGGUAGGUGAAAAUGAGAACCUCCUUGAACAACAUCUCAGCGUGGAUGUUGAGGAGCAGAGGAGACAUGAGGCCAUGGUGGAGCAGGAGGUUGCAAAGUUAAGGUCCGAAAUCAAAGGGGACAUUGUCCAAAAUUGUUACCUCCGUGACGUCCUAAAGAGAGAAUGCUGGGAUUCUGUGAAAGUCAAAGGCAGAGCCAUUAAGGCCUUUUACUCUGAAAUUGAGGUGCGGAACUUUUCCCUGAAAGAGCAGACAGAGAAAGAGUUGGAGGACCUUCGCAGGGUGGAGAAUAUAAGGAAGCUUGAACAGGCUGCGUGCACCUUCAGCAGCCUAAAGAAGAGCGCAGAAGAGGAAGAGCAGGCAGAGGAAGGCCAUGAGGCAGAGAACGCCGCUCUGAUGGGAAGUUUCUCCUCUCAGUUAGGAUUCUCAAACCCCUACAUCUACGAUCAGUUCAGCCUGCAAAUCACAGAGCAGCGGAUCAACCAGAUAACUCUGCUACAGGAUUUGAUCUAUCGCAUCAAGACGGGUUUCAACGCCGACUUUGAGGUCCUGCACAGGCAGAAGAUGCAGGAGAUCAGACGUGUGAAGGACAGGAACAGGCAGAUCAGGGAAAUCAUGCUGGAGUUGGACAUGAACAUCGAGCUGUGGGAGCCCAGCCUGACCGACGGCGAGUGGCCAGAGAGGCUGUUCACCGUGGACGACUCUGAGAUAAAAGCAGAGAAGUAUCUCAGCCCAGAACAGCAAAAGGAGGAAGAGAGGAGGAAGCUGGAAGAGCAAAAUCAUUUGGCUGCUCAAGAUGAUGAUUGCAGAGAAAGAGCUCUUGAUGACAUGAUGGAAGGAGUGCUUGAAGUGAAAAAGAAGGACAUCCUAAAAAUGGAAAUACCUCCGCCUGAGUUUGUGUUGAACAAAGCUGACAUCGACUGGAGUGAGGAGGAGAAAAAAGUCUACAAAGAGUAUGAAAAGAAAACCAAAGACCUCAGUGAAGAGAAGGAAAAAUACAAAAAGGCACUGAAGAUUGAAAUGAAAAAACUGCAGGACUCCACUAAGGAUGCGACUGAAAAAUUUGAUGAAACUUUGACAAAACUGUUGGAGAAGAAAGGGAACUAUACAGAAGCUAUAUACCAGGAAGAGCUCAAGAUUACCUAUCUUGUUGAUUCAGUCUUAGCAGAAGAGGAGAUGAGAAAUCAAGAGCUGGAGCUCAAGCUCAAACUUGAAAAAAUGUUGGCAUACAAGGAUGAAACUGGAGAAGAGCUGAAGAGACAUGAACAAGAAGUCGAGUUGUUUCACGAGGCCUAUGACAGCCUUGUCGAGGAGGACAAACUUCUAGACAAAGAUUUCAAAAAGGAGUUCCCCGAUGUACCAGACAAAGUGGUUGACUCCCUCUAUAAGCUGUUCAAACGUAGACCCAGGGUGCAAAAGAUGAGGACCCAGACCGACAACAACUCCAAACUGUCUAAAGAGCCUCGUCUUUGUGGUUCUCUGGCGCCUGACGGGCUCGGCAAAAUGCUUAAGGCCAUGGAGGAGCUGGAUGCUCCUGAAAAUAUACCAGAGGGCCUGAAACCGUCGAUUUGGGAGAGGUUCUGUCUUGUCCGCAGAGCAAAAGUAGAGAGCGAGCAAAAGGUUAAAAUAAAAGCUUUGACUCUGGCUGAGAUGCAGGCGUUCCUGCAGAGGAGGAGAGAUGAGGAUAAGGCAGCCCAACAGGAAACUAAAAAUCUCUCAGAAGCAUUUGAAAGUCUGCGUAAGGAGAAGAACCAGCACCUGAUGGACACCAUGGUCCAGGUCAUACUGAAACAUGGCAAAGUGGAGGUGUCCAACACGGACCUGACUGCUAAAUACAACACAUUAGUUCUUUGCCACAGGAGCGUCAAAGACGACCUCAAAAAAGAAAUCAGGAUGCUCACAGAGCAGAAGAUUGCCUCCAUGGUGAGGUGCAAAAAUGUCUGUAAGGACAUCAUCCAGCUGGAGUGGAAGCACAAGGUGAUGAGGAAGCAGCUCGACGAUCUCAACGACAAGGCCAGAGGCAUCAAGAUGUUACGACUCUCGGGGGAGCAACAGGACAUGGCUUAUCUCAGCAAGAAGUCUCAAGACAGUCGCAUGUCCAAGCAAGUUUCCAGUUUGGAGAAAAGUAUAGCUUUGAUGAGAAAGACUCACCUACAUGAAGUGCAGCAACGCAUGAAAAAGGCUGAACAGAUUAACAGGCAGGCGGCAAUAAAAGCUGAGAAGAACUUAAUUUUGGAACAGCAGCUUCCUGAUAUGCAGGUGACCGUGGCCGAGUUAAGAGACAUCUGUGAAGCGACAGCUUCAGAGGAAAACGAGGCCUCUGAAACAGAAGAGCGCUACCAGGAAAUCGUUCACAAGAGCAACUUGAAGGACCUCGCCCAAGCACAGGCAGAAGACCUUAAUUUCCUUUGGGCAGAGGUUGAGCGUCUGACAAAGAAGAACUUUCCUUCACUGGAUCAGCUACAACACAACUGAGCAAAGACUUAUUGUCAACACAAUUUUAUUUACACUUUUCUUAGCAAUUGAACUGAACAUGAAACGUGCACAUUAAGCUGUGAAUGAAAACUGUAGCAGCAACAAGUAAAACUGUCAACUAAC